GUGAGUUCGAUCCGUGCUGAGGUGUUCACUGCUGCUUCUCUCUUCGCUAUCGAACCUGUCUUGUCUAUCCCCUUUGACCGCGUCGAUCCUGCGGCGAGUACGAAAAACAAAAACAACAACACCGUUGUGACGCGGAGGUCGUUUCGUGGUGGGGGUAGGGCAAGGGAUCCAGCACCGGGUCUCGCAGGAUUUACGCACACAUACAUAAAUAGCUAAUAGGAGGUUUCAGCGUUGGGCCGCUCGUGUGUGUGACGCGAUAGGAAAUCGGCUGUUGUCGCUGUCUCUGGGUGUUCACAAAAAACCCUCCCAAUUCAAUAAAGCGGAUUAUUUUCUGUUUAACCGCCUUCCCACAAUACCUUAAAAGAAAGAGAGGGAAAGCUUGAAGAAUGGGGCUUUUAGGCCUGCGCAAGUUCAUUGACUCGUGCUGGUGUACGCGGCUGCUGCCGGUGCCGGUGAGCGACACAGAGGCGCAGGCCGAAGCACUCCGCCGCCUGCGCGUGGAGGGCUACCGCGAUGUGGUGGGCGACGAGGACGACGAGGGCGAUGGAAAUGGGGAGGCAAGCGGUGCGCAGGGCGUGUACGUGUCGGGCAGCGGCCGUGGCAGCGAGCGCAAAGGCACCGGCCAACACGGCUUAACCUCCUCCACGCACGCCAUCGGCACCACCGCGACGCCCGUCGUGGAUCACGUGCUGGUGGAUAUGAACUGCAUUGUUCACGCGUGCUUCCACCACCAGAGCUCGGAGAACAAGACCAAGAAGCAGCUCAUCCAAGAGGUGCUGGAGCGUCUGCGGGUGCUGCUGACUGAGGUGGUGGUCCCCCGCCAGUCGCUGAGUCUUUGCUUUGACGGACCAGCGCCCAUCGCGAAGCUGCAAACGCAACGGCUGCGACGGCGCAGGGUGGGACUGCUGGACACGGGUGGCCUCCAGCAGCUCAACACGCUCGCCAUCACGGCCGGCUCUCUCUUCAUGAUUGAGCUGGAGAACGCGAUUGCCGCGCAGUUUAAGCUGAACCACGGCCGCGGCUUUCUGCGGCGCCUGUGCCCGGUGUACUUGUACGGGACGACCGUAAUGGGCGAGGGCGAGGCGAAGAUAUCCCGUGCACUGGCGUUUCUCGCCUACGGGCCCAUCGCUAAGACGGACACCAACGCGGAAGGCGGUGGCGAUGCAGGCGGUGAUGGAAAUCGCGCCCAUCGUUAUCGCGGUGGUGGAGGUGGAGGCGGUAAUUACAGUCAUAAGUUUCGAUCGAAUCACACCGCGGCCUCCUCUGCUGCGGCUUCCACCGGUCACCACGCUGCCCCUACCAACUAUCCCCACUACUGCCCUGACGAUUCGAUCGUGGUGUUGGGCAACGAUAUCGAUCUCGUUCUCACGUGCCUCGGCGCCACCGCGUACCACAACCUGAGCAUCGUCAGCCCGUCAUCUCUGCAGCUCAUUCGUGUCUCGGACAUCAUCUACCGGUGGCUGAAGACGACCUCCGCUACGCGCGGCGAUGCCCCCUUCUCCCCCGCCCAGCUCCCCUCUAUUCGGAUUGACUUCACAUAUUUGUUCUUGCUGAACGGCGGUGAUCACUACGUCGGCGCUGGCGAGGUGGCGAUGUCGCUCUGGAAGCGCUACCGCAGUGUUCGGGCCACCUAUCCCUACAGCACCCUCGUCUCACCCAACAUGGAUGCCAUUGACGUGGACUUCUUGGCCGACGUUGUCGAGGCCUCCGAGUACACGGGCUCCUCCAGCGUGGAGGUGGGCGUGCACCUGCUGCAGUCCGCGCUGUGGUCGCUUUACACCGUCGUCACGGGUGUCUGCCCCGACUACAACUACGUGCCGGAGACGGAGGCGCCGCUGCUGUGCCAUCUGCGGGCGGCGGCGGCGCACUGCCAGCGCACGAACCGCGGCAUUCGCCUGACGAGCUUCGACCUCAAGUCGCAGCCUCUCACGCCGCUGGAGACCUACGUGGCGCUCAUGCCGACGGAGGCGACGCUGCCCAAGAGUGUGGCGGCCGGCCUGCGCAGCAAGCCGGCCUACCAGUCCAUCUUGAAGACCCUCGAGACGAGCAACGAUACAGCGAUGAUCGCCCAGGCCGCAAAGGACGCGGUGGAAGUCUCAGACCCGUUUCUCACGACGAGUGAGCGGUACUUACGCCACUUCACGUCCCCGGUGCAGCUGAACGUCGUGCCGCCGCGUCGACGCCUCAGCCGGCACGAGCAGCACCGCAUGCUGGCGACGCAGGGCCGCAUCCAGGUGGAGGAUCCGGUCCCGGUCGUGCAGCCCAUUGCCAUGGCGGAGGAGGUGCCGUACAUGGAUGUGUCCUACCCUGCACACACGUCCUUUCUCGAUUUCUACUGCCCCUUCGACGCCCGCAUCAACGCCGAGGAGGAGGCGGAGGGGACACAGGAGAGUGAGGAGCACCAAUACAACGGCAGCGCGGUCACCAGAGCCACCGCUACCACCGUGCAAGGACGCGUCGUCUCCACCCGGCCGUCGCUGCACGCCACUGCGGUCACCGCCGGUGCAGCGCACUUUCAGCCCAACAACUCGAAGGCGAACACCGCUGCCGACAACGGCGGCGCCGUGCACAAACGCGUCUACCUCUACCAGGAGGAAGCCGCACAGCAGCGGCACGAGCGAGAGCGGCAGAGCGCCGCCUCAAAGCUGCAGCGCGCUCUUGCUGUCACAACGAAUAUCCUCCAGCGAGGACAGCACUUCACCGCGGCGCAGGAGCGGCAGAUGCGACGCAAGUUGGAGCGUCUUCAGCAGGCCGAGACGACCGAGAUGCGGUCCCGACUGGCGAAAGAGGAUCGUCACCACGCCGUGCGAGGUGGCGACGACGCCGACGACCUGGAGGCUGAGCUGCGACGCUUUCUGGGUGAACACGCCUCGUCUACCGAUGUGCAAUCGCUGCUGGCAGCGGCGCCAGCGCCAGCGGGGACCGCGAAGAAGGGGAGGAAAGGGCUGGCGGUAAAGGCAGCAGUGGGGCAGCUCGUGAAGAAGAGCACGGCGAGCAGGAAGUCGCCGGACGCGGGCCGCACCGCGCACACGGCGGCCGGCGCUGCGGCGACGAGGAAGCCAAAGCGCAAGCGAGGUGAUUCGACGCGGAUGCGCGACGCGGAAGGACACGACACCGUCCUGUCUAUCACAGGAGACGUUUCUUCUGGACUGCGAUGGGAGGAUCGUGAGCGGGGCGCCGAGAGUGGCUCGAACGAGCGGCCGCUGAAGAAACAGAAGAGGAAACGUUAA